GUUAUCACCAGGCCGCCACCUGAGUCUGCAUGAAAUUUUGCAGAUAUUGAGAAUUUUACGUUUCUUUAGCCAAGGACGAUGCAGGACAAGUAAAUAAGUGAUUAUUUAAUCGUUUUGAGUGUGAGAUCGUACACAUACACGAUGUCAGACCUGGAAAGUGAUACGUAGCACGUGCAACGGAGAGAAGCCAAGAUCAAAAGUCAGCAAUGAGUUCAUAAAAUGGUAUAGCAAAACCUUCCAUGAUGACGGAUAACAACGAGAUAUUCAGCAGCCUAAAGCUGGAGCCGGAACUUGGAGGAAGUGAUGGAGGCGGAUGCAUCAGUUGCCCCAUCCUGCGGAAGAGACUACAGACAUGCCGGGAGUGGGUGAAGUUUUACCACGUGAAGCUCGAACAGCAGGACAAACUCCUUCACAUUGUGGCAGAUUUUGAGAGAGAAAAGCAGCAAAAUAUGGAGCUGCAGAUGGCCUAUGACCAAAGAACCCGUGAAGCUUCCUUUACUCGGGAACAGAUGGCAAACUUGUUACUAGAAAUCCAGCCACUAAGGAAAAAGAUUAGCACUUUGGAGAAAGAUCUAGACGAUGAGAAGAAAUUGAGACAGUCUGCAGAAAACCAAGUAAUUAGCUUGAAACACACUAAGGAUCAGCAGAGACACCAGAUUGAAUCCAUGAGAGCUAAAGUUGACAUGAAUCUGAUUGAAGUACUGGAAAAGAAACUGUACACAGCUCGCAGUGAUAUUAAACGCCUGAGGUGCUCCCUGGAUGACAAGUCUCGCGAGGUGAGUGAGCUGAAGGAGUUUGUGCAGGACCGCCGCGACCACUUCCUCCGCAACCAGAAGAAGACGGCCUGGAGUCUACGCCUGGCACAGCAGUACGGCUCGCGUCUCACUGAUCUGGGUGUGCACCCUGACGAGCUAACGGAGGAGCCAUUGUGGACAAGAUUAAUGUCCCUCCUGGAGCUGAUACAAAGCCAGCUUCAUUCCCAUUACCAGGUUUACAGGAGAAAGCAAAAGAAAACUUUGAAGGAAAACCUAGUGGCUAUUGAAUUAAUUCCAAGCGAGGAGGAAUGGCUGAAAGAUUUUGAUGAUGACCAGGCCAGUGAUUAUGACAGUUUUGUGCCCAAAAAGAUUAAGAAGGAGCAGAAACUGGUAGACGAAGCGAAAAAGCUUGAGGAACUGUUGCAAACGGAAGGAAAGUCUAAGGAGGAAGCAGAGCAACAGAGAUGGAAUGCGGAACAGAAUCAAGCAGAUGAGGACUGCAGCUCAGGAUCAGAGGAGUCCUGUGUAGAGAUACCACCACCAGUGAAGGAGGAAUCAGAUACAAAUGCCUGUGAGAUCAUAGGGCAGAAAAAGCCAGUUCGAGAUACAGCCAAAGAUCAGAACACGGGGAAAGACAAGUCUGAAAACCAUAAAAGAAAAGGCAGAAACAAGAAUGAUAAUAAGGAAAAAUCAUAUUGUAAGGGAGAGGAAGAGAGCCACAGAAAAGAGCAUGGAGGGGCAGAGAGCAGUGAUGCAGGGAAGCUGAAGAAAACAGACUGCCAAGUGAAUGAAGAUAAGCCAAAUGAACGUUUUCAACCUUCGGCCUGUGUACAAAGCCCUUCUGAAGACAUACAAAUCCUUGAGGACGAAAAAGUAAAGGAGCAUACUGAUAGCUUAGCUGAACCUGCAAAGACAGAAGUAAGAAAAGACAGUCAGAAUGAUUUGAUGGACUUCAAGGAUUUUCCUCUCCAUGUUCAAGGAAUGAGUGAGGGGGAUGACCCUAUCAUGGCCAUACUAAAGGAUAUGAAGCCACGGGCCAAAAUUGACUGCUUAGAUAAUAGUUUUUCCUUUGGAGAAUCAGAGGUGUUGCCAGUGGAGAUUCAAAAUGAAAAUCCAAUAGAUGACUCUCUUCGGAAUCCUGGUGCUUUAACCAGAGUGCAUGAAGAUCUAGAAUUACUUAGUGAUUCCUCUGAUGAUGCAUUUGAUAGACCAAGGAAACUUUUGACACAAGAGUCUCAAGGUUUUUUAAUUGAUUCAUGUGAACAAAGCAAGAGCUCUCUUAUGAGCCAGGAAGUUUUUACUGAGAAUUCUCCCGAUGAUGAGGUUGAUGUAAAACCAGUGGAGAGUUUAAUGGGUCGUAAUUUCCUUUCAUCCCAGGGAUUCUCCUUUGACUUGGAUGAGUUUAGUGCAAAUUCAGAAGGUAAAGAUGACAAAGAAAACAUAGGGACUGAGAAUUGCCUUGAAAAAGUAGGUUCCAAAACAGAAAAGCCUUCACAGACAGAUACAUGGGACUUGAACUUAUCUGAAGAUGAUGAACAAUGCAUGUCAAAAUAUUCAGAGCAAAAUGGCCAAAUAGACUCUGGUAAUACUAAUACUGAUACUAUAAGCAAGGCUGAAAAUGGAGAAGAAGUUGUUGCCAAGAAAUGUAGCACUUUUGCUGAUGACUGUCAGGAGUCGCACAAAGAAGGGGAAGAGUUGGUGGAAGAAGACAGAAAUUCAAAACUUGAAGAAGAUGGUAUGCAUACCCAUAGCAGCACAGCAACAGCAGACUGUGGACUGAGAAAAUCAUCAAUACAGGAAACAUUGAUUAGGAGACCUUGUUCAAGAGAUGCAAGUAGUAAUUCUAUAGAAGCAAACUCAUUAGAUAAAAAACUGCAAGAAGAUGUAUUAAUCCAAGAACCUAUGGAGCCUAGUGAAAAAAUAAUGGAACACAGUUUAAGUAAUGACCAGAAGUCUCAACAGAACUCGCAAGGAAAAAGUAGUGUUUCUGUAGGAUGCUGUGUAUCAGAAGGAGAAAACAAUAGUAAUGGGUCAUUGCCUAACCAUCCUCAACAAAUAUUGGAUCAAAAUGUAAGCCUGGAAAGCACAAAAGUAUCCUUGCAUGAGGAAGGAUUAUUUUCAAAUUCCAUACAUUCUGAAGAUGUAAAAGAUAUGGAAGAGAGUAAAAAUGCAAAACUUAGGACGAGUUCAGAAAGCAGUUCUUCAGAUCAUAGCUGGUUAUUAUCUUCAGAAUCUGAAGAUGACAAGGAUUUAAUGCACAAGAAGCAUGUUCAUCCAAAGAUUUUACCUAGGAAGAGCAGCACCAGCAUUAUUGCAAUAGAAGUGAACAAAACUACAGAAACAAAUUCUAAAACUGAAGAAAAAAGAAACUGCGAAGAGACACAAAGUCAGAUUGAUAAUGGAGGAGACAAGGAGGAGGAAAGGAGUCAAAAACUGACAGCUGGUGUGGCUCAUGACAUAGAGUUACAGGAGAAAAUAAAUAACCAUGACUCGGGUUCCAGCAGUAAGCAUGACAUACUGCUUGUUAAUAAGGAUCAGCUGGUACAAAAUGAUGGCUCUGGAAGUGAUAAUUGUAGUGACUUAACAUGUGGAGAUAUGGUUGGAAACAGGCAGUUAUUCUCCAAUAGCAUGUCAGCUGGUCAAAGUACAAGUUCUGUCAGCACACUCUUGGAAGACUGUUCAGCAGAAAAGGUCAGUAAUAUGUCUGAAGGCAUCAAUAAUAUGACAGAUUUAAAGAGCUUAAAGACAGAUUUAAUACAAGAAAACUCUUCAAACAAUCCUAAAAAUGAUGAUGGUGUCAAAAGUGAAUUGAACUCUGGAGAAUCUGCAGAUGAAAGGAAAACAUCAAGAAACAGCAGUAGUAGUAGUAGUUACAGUGAUUCUGAGGGCCAAUUUGUAAAGUGCACUUCAGAGAUAACAAAUCAGAAUGACUGCUUACAAAAAUCAAGUGAAGAUGAAAGUGAGUUGUCAUCUGAACCCAGGGAAGAGAAAUCCAGUGCACACUGCCCAGUUACUGACAGGAAAGACACUGAUCUAGAAAUAACGUGCUCUACUAGCUCUAAAGUCUGUUUGAGUAAAAAUGUCAGGCAGUCAGCAGCUACAGGAGAGCCCACAAAUAAACAAAAGAGUACUGUUACAAGGAAGAAAAGUUUGAGAAAGACCAAAAAUGACAUCACAGUUACAGAUUCUUUCAACUUAGAAGACACAAAAUGCAAUACACAUCCCUCAGGGGCCAAAAUGGAUCAUCAGAAUGUCCAACUUGCUAAAGGUAACUUUCUUCAUUCAUCAGCUAAUGAUUCUGACAAUACUGAAAUGACACUAGAGAAAGAUAAGCUCUGUACAAAACUAGAGAGGGAGAAGGAGGCAACACCACAAAUUAUCAGUCAAAGAAAGGAAUCAGAAAAAAUAAAGAUCUCUUCUGAGUUAGAAAACUCUCCUGUAAAUAAAGAUAUCAAAAUUAGUGAUAGCUCAGAGAAUGACAAUGAAAAUACCAAGACUAUAGCUACUAGUGAUGCAUCUAUAUGUAGUGAAAAUACUGAUACCACUACCAAUGUUGUCUCUCCUAUCAACUCACUAGUAGAGGAUGUUGCUGUCACAAAUGAUGCAAAUGCAGCAAUUAAUACAAAAAUAUGACCCAGCUAUUAGAUGAUGAAACUAUGAAUAUAGAGAAACAAUUAGAAGUUGAGGAAACUAUGAAACAGAAACUAAAAGCUGCAGAUAAAGAACUUAAUGAGGAAAGCACUGCAAAGACGAAAGAUGAGAUUGUUG